AUGACAGAGGUAGAAACAAGACCAGAAGAAGUUGGACAAAUCCUUUUGAAGGUACAGGAUGAUAUCCGCCAGUUACGAGAGAAAAUUAACCAUGGGGAGGGGAGCAGUAUUAACAUCAAGGACCUGGAAAGUGCCCUGGCCAAAACUGAAGAGGGACUACAGAUGAAGACUGAACAGGUGAUAAAUCACUACAACAACAAGGUACAGACUCUACCCACAGCCCUCAGUACCAGGUUCGACCCUGGUAUGGUGGCCCUGGAACAGACGUGGGAUCUUAAAACAAAGACCAAAUCAGAAAUGAAGAAAGUACAAGACCAACAGUAUCUCGCACGAGAGAAGCUAAGACAGCCACAGCCUCCAGGGGCAUUGUUACCAAAACGACAGCAGGUCCAGGUUGCAGGGCCAUCACCAGGACAACAGACAAAACACAUGUUAACGCUGAGAGCAGUGUUGAACCCAAUGCAUGGACAGAACAGACAAUCUCUCAAUGACAAUUUUGGUAUCCAGCUUCCACUUAUACCACAGCGAACAGAAAACAAGAAUAUUCCACGACCAAUCAUAGGAACCACAGUGGAACCGCUAGCUGUCCUUCCACGGGCUAACAGAGUCGACCCUCAGAUUGCUCCUCCACCUAUAUCAGAAGAUGAUGCUAGGAAGGGGAUUCUGAGUUUACUAGAGAGGGGUUUGAUUCCACCAGCCGCCGAGCUAACCUUAGACCCUUCACCAGUCAGACACAAGACUGCACCUCUCCAUGACCCACAUGUUAAAACAAAGCCAGCACAGCCAGAGAUGUCCCAUCAUCUGGCUGGAGUCAAACUAGACAUCACAACAUCAUCAAAGAAAGCAGAAAUAGAUGAUAAUGUGACGCGGAUACCCAUAGUCCCUCCACACCCAUUGUCUGCCCAUAGUACAGAAACGAGAACCCCCUCAGCAAAGACUCGCGCUACAUCAGCAUCUAUGCCACAGAUAAAAACACCAGCCACCCUUAAAACCUUUGAUCUACCACUACAGCCAAUGCAAAUGACAUCAUCCUCACCCGACCGGUAUGGUGGCCCCAUAAGGUCACCAUCAUCAAAACAGGGCUAUAGAUUUCUGUUUAGCCCACCACCUACCACCCCCGCAAGUGGUGACAUCAAAAACCUUACCCACAGAUUUGCCAUUCAGAAUGGAAAGAUACGAGACACGUCUGCUGAGUUCUUGUCCUUCAAACAGCACUACUGUCUAACGUGGGGAAGCAUUGUAUCAAUGAUUAGACAUCUAGAAAAGAUGACACAGGAAUUCACUGUUCCAAUUGCCUUCAUCAAUGGAGACAAACUUGCUGACUUGUCCUUGGAGUUUGAGUUGGAGAGGGCUCCAAGUACGGAUGACUUACUAGCUGUCAUUGUCAACCGAGAGGAUGUAGAGGUCAUCAUGAACAGACCUGGAAGACGAUUCAAGGGUCCAAAUGGAAAAAAUGUGGCGGCAACUCGUAUCCAGUCGUCUUGGCGGAUGUUCCGGGAUCGUUCUGAAUACCUAGAAUAUCGUAAGAAGAAGUGGGCAGCAGGUGUUAUUGCCAUUUCCUGGAUCAUGAAUAUAAAGAUGUCACAAGUCAAACAAAAACUCAAACAGAGUCGAGAAGAUCAGCUGGAGGCAUUCAGACGCAGGGCAAAGAAGUUUGCAAUGUCCUGGGACAGAAUCAAACAGUCUAAGAGAGUGAUCAUCCACAUGUCCUCUCUGGGUCUAUCUCAGAAUAUAAGGGACACCAUCCAUGAGUUUGGGAUCCGACAGAACACACAGAUGGCCCGGCUCUGUGAUAUCCGGGAUCCCAAUGUGGAUGUGAUAUUUAUCUCCCCGGUUCCACUGAGUGAGGAGACGCUCCAGUACUACAGCAAGCUGCUAGGUCUCAAGGCUGCCAUUGACUCAGGCAAUGUGGAGGAUCAGUGUGUCAUGUCGGAGCGGUAUCGCAUCAUUACCCCUGAUGCUAUCAAGAGUUUCCCUACCCAUAGGAUGUGUCUGUCCACGCUUCUAAAAUACAGUCCACGCACCAUCAAACGUAUAAAACACUUAAUCAAGGGGCGGGAGGCAUAUAUUGUAUCUGGAGUCCCCCACAGUGAUGACUUGGCUGUGGCUGACGAGCUUGAUGUACCAAUCUUGUCACCGGAGCCAGAAGUAGCACACCUAUACUCCACCAAGUCUGGCUGCAAGAGGAUCUUCGCUAGUGCUAAUGUGGACCUGCCUCCUAGUGAAUAUGACGUAUACAGUCUUGGACAGCUACAUGAAUGUCUGGCACAGCUAGUUACAGAAAACCUAAUGGUGAAGCGCUGGCUGUUUAAGCUUGAUGACGAGUUUGAUGGGCGUGGCAUUGCCUAUUGUGAUGUGACAGAAUAUCUGCAGUGUUACUCAUGGGCCCUAAAGGAGUCAAGACGGUACGGCGAGAAGUGGAGCAAAAAAUGGGCACAGGAAGCUGCAUAUAUAAAAAUCCAUGCAGAAAUAGCAGAUGUAUUACAUGCUAACGCAAAACCAGUCCAUACAAGUAUUUAUACGACCUGGGAGAAAUUCCUAGAGGCUUUCCUCAGUCAAGGUGGAGUGAUUGAGGCAUGUCCACCGUCGGAAAGCAUCACGACACUCACUGUGGAUAUGAUGAUCGAACCAAACGGCAAAUACAACAUUGUGUGUUGUGGUGACCAGAUCCAUGCAGAGACACCGUUCAGUUGCUGGGGUGUGUCAGUACCCCAGUCCUCUGUUGAACCAGAUGUCCUCAGUGUCGCUUGUAAAAAAAUUGCAGAGGCCUGCAAAACCAGGGGUAUUCUGGGAUACUUCUCUGUCGACUUUGUGACGUUUAUUGACCCUAAAUCUAUGGAGCAGCGACUCUGGGCACUAGAUCUGAGUCUACAUUAUAGUGACAGUCUGGCCAUGUUCCAGCUUAUGUCUUAUGUUAGUAACGGUGCUCUCGACCCAGUCAAGCAUGUCUUCAAUGUUCCAAUGAACAAGCAAGAGAAACGUCAGAGGAGACGAAGACUUGCGGGUCAGGAAGAAGAGCAGGAGCCAAACACAGGUCGCUUUGGAGUGAUGAGUACCCGUCUCCUGCACACGAACCUGGCUGUCGUCCACUACAGCGUGUUCUUCCAGAUGUGUAGGGCCCAUGGCAUUGGUUAUGAUAUCAAGGAGAAACAAGGAACAGUAUUUACACUGAUAGACAGUUUUAACAGAGAACGGUUGGGAAUGUUGACUAUUGGAGACAAUCUACAAGGAGCCUUGGCUACCUUUGCUAGGAACAUGUCAGUCAUCCACCAGGAAAUCUCUGCACCUAACAUGCAGGGCGAGACCAACUUUAAGAGUGCAAUAGAAGAUGUAGAGGGAAUUCUGGGUACAACAAUUGAGAAUGCAGAUGAGCCAGAUGAAGAAACAAAUGACCAGUCAUGA